UAUAAUAAUUUUCAAAACUGUCAACAACUGUCUUAUUUCCUCUGAAGAUCAAAACAAAACUAUGUUUAUCAAUAUUUGGCAAUGCCGGUCGAUAUAAAAGAGCUAACUGAGGGUUGGCUUGAAUUAGAAAGUGAUCCUGGUUUAUUCACCCUCCUUCUAGAAGAUUUUGGAGUAAAAGGUGUCCAAGUUGAGGAAAUAUAUGACUUGAACAAGCCUUUAGAUAGCCCAGUGUACGGUUUUAUUUUUCUAUUUCGAUGGGUGGAAGAGCGUAGAUCCCGUAGAAAAGUAGUAGAACAAUUAGAAACAUUUGUUAAAGAUGAAGAAGCUGUUAACAAUAUAUUUUUUGCCCAGCAAAUGGUGCCAAAUAGUUGUGCAACUCAUGCACUUAUAUCUAUUUUGUUAAAUUGCCCAAAUAUUCAUUUAGGAGAUACAUUGAUGAGAUUAAAAGCACAUACUCAUGGUAUGUCCCCUGAAAAUAAAGGAUGGGCUAUUGGAAACACACCAGAGCUUGCUUGUGCUCAUAAUUCUCAUGCUAUGCCUCAAGCUAAAAGAAAACUCGAUAAGGGUUCUGGAGUAUCUACUGGACGUUUCACAGGUGAAGCUUUUCAUUUUGUUAGUUUUGUACCUAUAGGUGGAAGAUUAUUUGAAUUAGAUGGUUUGAAACCAUUUCCUAUUGAUCAUGGACCUUGGUCUGAAGAAAGUGAGUGGACAGAUAAAUUUAGGAGUGUAAUGACAGAUAGACUUGGUAUAACAGCAGAUGAAUACAACGAAAUAAGGUUCAAUUUAAUGGCAGUUGUACCUGAUCAUCGACUCGCAAUUCAGCACAAAUUAAAAAUGUUACGAACAAAUAGGCAGAUAGUACUUGAUGCUUUACAGCAUUUGCGUAAAGCUAAGGUUCCAGAGAAAAAAGAAGAAACAGAAACAAAUAGUACUGGUAUGAUUAUGGCUGUAGAGGAUAACCACAUUCAAUUAUCAGGAGGAUCAGCGAUGGAGACAACAAAUGAAAAAGUAACUUUAUGCCCUUUGGACUACUCAACACCUCUUACUAUUCAAACAUCCCCAGCACCUAGUACUUCCAGUACUGACACAUCUUCUGAGAUUGGUUCAGUUUUUAAUUCUCCAACUCAGGCAUGGAAUUGGACACAGGGCAGUCCUGUAUCCAGGGAUUUAAAAAGAUUUGUAGUGAUACGAGUAGAAGGUGGAGAAAAGGAGCAAUCAGAAGUCGUGAAAGUGGAAAAAAAUGGGCCAGUUGCACGUGUCCGCACAUGUAAUGGUGAUACAGUUGUAGCUGAAAGGGAAAAGAAACAUCCAGAGUUGUUCGAACACCACACAUUCGCACCACAAGAUCUGCUCGCCCUAUUGAGAAAUUUGGAUCACGAAAUUUGUCUUUGUGAAAUGAGUCUCAAAGAUGAAAAUGACAAACAAAAUAAAUAUAAGAUUGAUGAUUGCAGACGAACACAUAAUUAUGAUGAAUUCAUUUGUACAUUUAUAUCCAUGUUAGCUGAACAAGGUUUGCUUGCCGAUUUGGUUGAGCAACAUUUACAAUUACCUAAACGGCCUGGUAAUAUUCCAACCCCAAAAGCUGUGAAAAUAGUGAAAAAGGAUAGGCAUGGUAAAAAGAAGAAAGGAAAAACAAAAACUAGGAAAAAAAGAUAAUAUCUAUUAUUUACCCGUUUAAAUAAUUCGAAGAUAAUAUACAACUAUUAUUAAUUUAACUUUACUUUAUGGAAAAAAAUAUAAUUUUAUUAGCACUA